GGGCCGAUGCACCGUGCUCAGAAGCAGAAGCUCGAGCCAUACGCGCAGUACAAGAAUGGGACAUUCGCUGCUGGGUUCAUAACUCAAGAAUCACACAUCAUGAUGCCCAGCUUUAAACGGCUUCACGGCCGCGCCUUGGUCGCUACUGCUCCUGUUUACUGCUCUGGACCAGCUGCUUCGUCGACCAUCAAGAUGGCUUCAUCAUCGGCUUCUUGGACGACUUACCUGUGGCGAAUUAUCCUGAGUGUGUUGGCCCCUUCAACGGCGCUGCUCCAGUUUGGCUCAUGGGCCGCUUCGGUCUUGGGCCCUCCUGUUCAGGAGCUGUAUCUUCAACCACACUUCUCAGCACUACAAAAAGCGCCAAUACAGACUGGUGUUCCCUUUGAAAUCUCAACUACCCCUGAGUUUAACUGCUUCAGUCCGAAUCUUCCAAAUAUUACCAUCUAUGCUACAGGGGGCACUAUCGCUGGAUCUGCUAGUUCAGCUGACCAAACGACGGGAUAUCAAUCAGCUGCGCUGACCGUUCAAUCUCUCAUUGAUGCGGUGCCACAGCUGUGCAAUGUUGCCAACGUGAGAGGCGUUCAAUUCGCCAACACAGACAGUAUAGACAUGAGUUCAGACAUGUUGCAAGCGCUGGCGGAGCAAAUUCAGCGUGAUCUCAACAGUCCUUCUACACAAGGCGCUGUUGUGACGCACGGAACUGACACUCUGGAUGAGUCGGCUUUCUUCCUCGAUCUCACGAUCCAGAGCGAUAAACCUGUGGUUGUGACGGGUUCCAUGCGUCCUGCAACGGCCAUAAGCGCUGAUGGGCCCAUGAAUUUGUUAUCUUCAGUGACUUUGGCUGCUAGUGAGAACGCCAGAGGCAGGGGAGUCAUGAUUGCCAUCAACGACCGCAUUGGAUCUGCUCGCUUCACGACAAAGGUGAACGCCAACCAUCUCGAUGCUUUUCAAGCUCCGGAUAGCGGCUUACUGGGAACAUUUGUCAAUAUCCAGCCCGUCUUCUUUUAUCCGCCAUCACGACCUCUGGGCCACCACCAUUUCAAACUACAGUCCGGACCUCGAUCAUCAGCACUGCCUCAAGUGGACAUCCUCUACGCUUAUCAGGAGCUCAGCGUCGGCAUGUUCAAGGCGGCCGUUGAUCUCGGCGCACGAGGUAUCGUCCUCGCAGGCCUAGGAGCUGGAUUUUGGACUUCCAAAGGCACGGAGGAGAUUCGACGCAUAGUCCAUGAAACCAACAUCCCCGUGAUAGUAAGCCGUCGGCCAGAAGGCGGUUUCGUGGGACCCUGUCAGGCAGGAAUCGGAGCUGGUUUCCUGAACCCCCAAAAAGCGAGGAUCCAACUCCAACUCGCGCUUGAGACCAAAAUGGACAACGACGCCAUCCGGGCCCUGUUUGAGCACACGGGAGUGCACUAAAGGGGCAAAAGAUCAAAGGUUCAGACCACAACGGCAUGAUACAUAUUACCAACAGGACCGGUACCUUUUUAGAGGAACUUCCAAAAAGAUCACGAUCAAAUAGGGAAACUCGAUACAAUUCGGAGGCUUACGCAUGCAUCAGAAAACGGUUUGGAUCUUCAGGGCGCAUUUUCUUUGUCUUUUCAGCGAAUGUCAAAAAUUGGGUGUGGCUAUCUGUUUUUUUUUUUUUUUUUUGCAAAGAUCGUUUUU